GCCAUUCAAAGACAAUGGCAAAAGAAAAGAAAAAAGCAGAUAAAAAGGCAGAAAAAGCUGCUCGGUCCCCUUCUCCUCUGUCUGACCAACCCGUUGACACAUCCAAACAAGAGACCAAUGCUCCAAAGCAGGAGGUCAUUCCUGUCGCUCCCGAGCCUGAAGUUCUGUCAUUCAAAGAGGAGAAGCCAGAAGAAGUACAAGUAGAGAUACCUCAAUACUAUGAAGAGCCUAUUCUCACCAAACUGAUUGUCUUAAGCUAUGAAGGUGAAAAAGUCCGUGGACUGUAUGAGGGAGAAGGUGUGGCCCAUUUUGAGGGAGGAGGUGAAUAUAGAGGUAUGUUUUCAGAAGGACUCAUGCAUGGACAAGGGACUUAUAUCUGGGCUGAUGGAUUAAAAUAUGAGGGGGACUUUGUUAAGAACAUACCUAUGUAUCAUGGUACUUACACAUGGCCUGAUGGUAGCACAUAUGAAGGAGAAGUGACAAAUGGAAUAAGACAUGGAUUUGGAAUGUUCAAAUGCAGCACCCAAUCAAUAUCUUACAUUGGCCAAUGGUGUCAUGGCAAGAGGCAUGGAAAGGGCUCCAUUUAUUACAACCAAGAUGGCACUUCUUGGUAUGAAGGAGAUUGGGUCUACAAUAUCAAAAAAGGAUGGGGCAUAAGAUGUUACAUAUCUGGAAAUAUUUAUGAAGGUCAGUGGGAAGACAACAUGCGCCAUGGUGAGGGAAGGAUGAGAUGGCUGACAACUAAUGAAGAGUAUACUGGUCAGUGGGUGAAAGGCAUCCAGAAUGGUUUUGGAACACAUACUUGGUUUCUAAAGAGAAUCCCUGGCUCUCAGUAUCCUUUGAGAAACGAAUAUGUAGGAGAUUUUGUAAAUGGAGAUCGUCAUGGUCAUGGCAAGUUUUUCUAUGCCAGUGGUGCAAUGUAUGAUGGAGAAUGGGUUUCCAAUAAGAAGCAUGGUUUUGGCAGGUUAACAUUCAAAAAUGGACGUAUUUAUGAAGGACAAUUUGCCAAUGACCACAUAGCAGAGUUUCCAUUGUUUCAAAUUGAUGCAGAAUGUAACUCCAUCGAUGACAGUACUUGCCCAGAACCUACAUGUAGUGCUGAUAUUAUCAGAAAACUUGAUGGCAGUGAAAGCAAUUCUGUGUUAGGAUCAAGUAUUGAACUUGAUCUGACUUUGUUGUUAGAUAUGUACCCUCCAAAAGACAGACCUGAAGAAAAGAAACAGGUAGAAUUUGCUGUUUUGAGAAAUAUUUCAGAAUUAAGAAGAAUCUAUAGCUUUUACAGCAGUCUAGGAUGUGAUCAUUCUCUUGACAAUACUUUCCUGAUGACAAAGCUUCAGUUCUGGAGAUUUUUAAAGGAUUGCAAAUUUCACCACUGUAAAAUAACUCUUGCAGAUAUGGACAGGGUACUAAGCGAUAAUAAUAAUAUUUCAGUUGAAGAAAUUCACUCCCCCUUUACCACUUUGCUACUGAGAACGUUUUUGAAUUAUCUCUUACAACUAGCAUACCACAUUUAUCACAAAGAUUAUAAAAAUGGAAGUCCAUCCCUCUUCAUGUGUUUUUCAAAAAUGAUGACUGAUAAUAUUACUCCCAAUGCCUGUCAGAUAAAAGGCAAUUUUUUCUGUGACCAACAGCGGACUGUCUAUGCAAUGAAUUAUAUAGACAAAUGCUGGGAGAUUUAUUUAGCUUAUUGUAGACCAAACAUUAAUCCACCUCAUGAGCUAACAAUGAAGACCAGAUACUUCCUCUGGAUGUUGAAGGAUUUUAAAAUAAUAACUAAAAAUUUAACAGCAACCAAAUUUGUGGAAAUUAUAGCAGAAGAUAGUCCUUUCAUGCAUGAUGGGAUUGAUAGCAACUUUGAACUGGAGCUGGUUUUUCUAGAAUUCUUUGAAGCUCUGUUAGGCUGUGCACUUUUCUCCGAUACAACGCAGACAGAUAAGCAACAACAAGGAAGCCACACAGCCGAUGAUUUUACUGCAGUCAAAUAUAUCAGCACACAACAGAAUGUUUUGAACAAGAGCAUGAGUGUUUUAACCAGCUAUGAUUCUGAAAUCACUCACUUUGUCAGUGCAAAGUCUUCCUCCAGCAAGUUAGGACUACCCGUGGAUCUUAACAAAAUGAAGAAAUCUGAGACAAAGUCCAAGGAGUCUCUAAGUGAAGAAAAGGGUUCCAAACUGAACUCUAAACCCGUGGGAAAAGGAGUAUCUCUUUUUUUAGCACAACUGGCUCGCAAUGUGACACUUGAUUCUCAGGUACAGCAGUCACUCUGUUCAGAAGCUGUCUUCAAAUCAGAAGAUAAAGAGGAAGCAGGACCAUCACAGCCCAUUUCUGACUUUGAAGAGUGUGCUAUGAAGGAGAUAUCAGAAAAAUUUGAAAAGUCCAAGGAUGGAAGAAAAGAAAAAAUCAACACAUGGAUUAAUCACAUAUACUUCUUUUUCGUGAACACGUUCUUUCAAGCAUACAAACAUGAAGAAAUCAUAAAAGAGAAAAUAAAGGAAAAUAGAAUAUUGGAAGAAGAAUUGGCCCAGAAGAAAAAAAUUGAAAAUGAAGAAGUGGAAGCAAGGCUUAAUCUUUUACUAGAGGAAGAAGCCAAAAGACAAGAUUAUGAGGUGAUAACAAUUAGUGUAAUAACUAAAGACACAUCAGAAGAUUUACCUCAUCUUACACCAAGUCCUCCUAAAGAAGAGGUAAUUAAGAUGACUACAAGUAAGAAAAAGAAAAGGUAAAAGGAUGUUUGGUAACUUACUCCUAGAUCAGGGCAUGUAGACGUGACAAGAACCUUGGAACUCAAAAUUCUACCAUCAUAACCAAUAAAAUCAAACAAUUGCAUUAGAUUUCUAUUUAGAAACUUUAUUUUUAAUAAAUUUUUAUUGACGUCUUUUGCCUUUAUAUAACCUACAUUUCCCAGUGUAUCUCAUCAUGUUAGACCUUCUAAAGGGCUAUAUCCUGUGUAACAAGGAAAAAAAAUCAAAACUAGCCAACACAGCAAAAAGAGUCCGACAAAUACAUGCAGUAUUCCACACCCAGAAUCCCCAACCUCUGCAAUGUGGGGAGAAAUGUUUUUUCAUCUCUUCUUGGAAGGCAAGCUUGGACCAUCAGAAUUUUGCAGCAUUCAGUUUCCAUUUGUUUUGCUGAUUUUUUCACCUGUGUAUUAGUUCCCAUGCUUUCUUGCAUGUCUUCCCAUGCUUUUUUGUAUUCAUUACCUUGUUUCUUAUAGUACAGUAAUAUCACAUUCUACUUAUAUACUGCAACCUGUUUGGUCAUUUCCCAAAUAAGGGGUAUCUACUUUAUUUCCAAUUCCUUGCUACUCCAAAAAGUGCUGCUAUAAAUAUUUGGGUGCAUAUGGGGAUUUUUUGUCAUGAGCAGUUGAAUCUCUUGGUCAAAGGGUAUGGACAUUUUAGUCACUUGUCUUCCAGUUGGUCCAGUCCAAUUAUUGGAAUGAUUCUUAGAAACACUUUAAAAACACUUCUUAAAUAAUAACCCAGUGAAUUUUAGCAUUUUUAUGAUGUCAUUACUACAAAUGUUGUACUUUCAAAAUUGAGUCAAAUGAAAUAUAGACGUACCCAUAAAACCUAAUUUGUCUUACACAAAAAUUCUUGUAGUAGUAUUCACAGUCCAAGACAAUGAAGUCAUAACUAGUUACAGGUAUAGAUGACGGAGCACUGCUUGGUAUUGAAAAGAAUUCAACAAAAAUCUAUUGAGCACUUAAAAUAUAGUAUAUGCCAGGAUUUGUGAUAGGUGUUGGGAAUACAAAGACAAACAACAGUUCUGGCCCUCAAGGAGCUUACACUCUU